AUGAGUGAACGGCUAUAUAAAAAAAUAAAAAGCAUGGAAUGCGAAUCGAACCUAUAUAUAUCUAAUAACAAGGUAUUAUUUGAAAGUAUUUAUAAUUUAAUAAAUAAUGGAGUACCAAUACCUAGCAUUUAUUAUACAAAUAACAAGAUAGUUGAUAAAGAAACAGAUAGAUAUGUUGUUACAAAAUAUAUUUAUGAUGUUGAUGAUAUUAUUUAUAAAUUGGAAGCACAUUCAAAAAUAAAUUUGGAGAAAUCUAUAAAUUUAAAAAUUCAAUGUUUGGAAGAAGAAUAUUUAAAAGAUAAUGAAGUGGAAGAUUCUUAUAAAGAUGAUAAAUAUAAUCAAUUAGAUUCUUUACAAAUAUAUGUAUCACAUACACAUUUUGAUUACAUAUGGAAUGAAUAUACUAUGCCAUAUUUUCUUAGUUGUUAUCAUGAUGAAGAUAAUUUUAAAAUACAUACACAUAUAUUAGAAAAAGAAGAAUUUGGAUAUGACCUACAAAUUGAAUUAUAUGAAAUACCAACAAAUCCAAUGCAAGCUUUUCAAAUAGCUAGCCAUUUAUCAAAAAUUAGAGAAGCUCUACAAUGUGGUCCUUUAAUGCAUUUUUUUUUAUCAAAAACAAAUAGUACAGAAAAUAUAUUUGAAAAAUUUAUUAUCAGAAAAAAUGAAGUUAUAUUUAUUUUAAAAAAAAGUGAUUAUCUCCUUGUGCUAAUAUCAAUACAUUUUGUAGAUAGUUAUGAUCAAUUUUUUAUUCUUGGAUUGUGUAAAAAUAUACAUCUAACUAAUAAAAGUAUGGAUUUAUCUGGAAAUCUCGAUUGUUCAUUUUAUACAGAUUUUCCUUCACACCUUAUUACCUCUGAAUUUUUUGUUUACAAUUAUGAAGAAGAUAUGCACAAUUAUGAACAAGACAAAAAUGUAGAUAUGGAUGAUAACAAAAAUGUAGAUAUGGAUGAUAACAAAAAUGUAGAUAUGGAUGAUAACAAAAAUGUAGAUAUGGAAAAAAUUUAUAAUAUGAACCGUUCAGAUAAUAUAAUCAAGCCAAUUAGUACAAACAUCGAAAAAAAUAUAAUUAAUGAAGAAGAUAAUUCAACAAAAAAUGAUGACAAGGAAACAUGGAAAGGAUAUAUAAAUAAUUCCUUUGAUGAAAAUAAAAUAGGUGAGGAAAUAAAAUUGAAAGUACCAAAUAUUGGAUUUAUUUCUUUAAAAAUGGAUAUAAAAUUAUUUAAUGGAUGUAAAGAUUUUUCUGAGCUUAUACAAAUAUCAAGUAGGAUAUCUCAUAUUAUUGUAUCAUUUCGUGAUUUUUUAAAUAACUCCUUAAUUUUACAUAGAAUCAAAACAAGAAGAAUGUUUUGA